AUGAAGUUUGGAAAUUCUUCUACCGAGAAGCCGCUAAUUGAAGACAAAGAAAGAAUGACACAGUUGGUGGACGAUCCUCUAUAUGUAUCUGCACACGGCAAUCCUGAUAUGUCCAUUGUUACUACUCUAUUCAAUGGAAAUAACUAUAUUAGUUGGAGUCUAAGUAUGCAUAUCACACUCACGGCUAAGUCAAAACAAGAGUUUAUAGACGGGUCAAUUCCUUACCUAGAAAAUAUUGAUGCUCAAGUUCGUUGGGUUAAAGAGGAUUCACUCGUUAGAUCUUGGAUCUUGAAUUCUUUGAUUGCUAAAGAGAAAGAAAAUUUUAUACACACUGAGACUACAAUGGAUCUAUGGGAAGGAAUCAAGAAACGUUAUCAAAUCAAGAACGAGCAAUCAUCCUUCCAAAUUCAGAAAGAGAUUAGUUCGAUGAAGAUUCAUAAGUGCUGUAAAAUUUCAGAAGAAGUUGAAGAAGCUGAUGUUAAGAGAAGAUUGAGUCAAUUUUUAACAGGUUUAAAUGAUUCUUAUGACUUUGUAAGGAGUCAAAUUCUUGUGUCUGAAUUAGAGCUAGAUCUUGAUAGAGCAUAUGCAUCUAUUCUAUUGGUCCAAAAGCAAAGGGAAAUCAGUCAUGUUGGAGAGGAGAUUAUAGAACAUUCUGCAAUGGCGUUCAAUUCAGGAGGAGGAAAUGUUCGAGGAAAAAUCAGUACAUAA